AUGGCAUCAGCGGAGCAAAAGGAGGUAGAAGAAAAGGGAUCAUCGAUCUCAAGCUUUUUGGAUAAAGCCAAAGGUUUCAUUGCGGAGAAGCUGACAAACAUUCCGACGCCGGAAGCCACCAUAGAUGACGUCGAUUUCAAAGGCGUGUCACGUCAAGGAGUCGAUUAUCACGCCAAGGUUUCCGUCAAGAAUCCUUACUCUCAAUCGAUCCCUAUUUGCCAGAUCUCAUUCAUCCUCAAGAGUAACGCAAGGACGAUUGCGUCGGGGACCAUACAGGACCCGGGUUCGUUGGUUGGAGGCGGCACGACGGUUUUGGACGUACCGGUUAAGGUGGCUUAUGGCAUUGCGGUUAGUCUUAUGUCGGACGUUGGCGCGGACUGGGACAUUGACUAUCAACUCGACAUUGGAUUAACCUUCGACAUCCCUGUUAUUGGUGACAUCACCCUUCCUAUCUCGACUCAGGGUGAGAUCAAGCUCCCUUCCCUCCGCGACUUCUUUUAA